AUGGUCAAAAUUAUUUUCCUCAUUACGUUGUUUCUGGCAACAGCCAUAGCGCUGCCAUAUCCCAAUGAACGCUCAAAUGACCAUCUUAUGCUCUUAUCCCGUUCUUUGAAAGAAAUAAUACCCGAUCAAUACAUUGUCGUUUUCAAUAAAAAAUUAACCAAGAAACAAGUUUUUGAUCAUUAUGAUGAUGUUAAUAAGAUGCUGUCAAGUAUUGAAGGCGGACUAAACAAAAGAGCUGUAGACAACUCUACUUAUGGAAUUAGCAGCAAAUUCAAUAUCGGAAGCUUUCGAGGAUAUGCUGGCACAUUCUCUAAAUCGUGUAUUAAAAAAAUUAACCAGAGAAGUGACGUAGCGUAUAUCGAACCAAAUCAAAAAGUUUCCGCAAGCGAAAUACAAAUACAAGAUAAUGCUGUACCAGGCUUAGUUCGCAUAUCGCAUAAGAAACUAGAUGGAGAAACCACAUAUGAAUUUGAUUCGACCGCUGGAAAGGAUACCAAUGUAUAUGUAAUCGACACUGGAAUCAAGGUUGAACACGAAGAAUUUGAAGGUCGUGCUCGAGUGGGUAAGACGAUUGUCGCUGGUGCACCAGAUACAGAUGAUCAGGGACAUGGAUCUCAUGUUUCCGGCACUAUUGCUGGAAAGACGUUCGGCGUUGCUAAAAAAGCCAAUCUUAUCGCUGUUAAAGUUCUUGCGGCUGACGGUUCGGGUAGCAACAUCGAUGUUAUUAAUGGAAUACAAUUCGCUGUAAACGAUCACAAAGAUACGGCCGAGGCUUCUCAAUUAACAGGAAAAGCGUUUAAGGGAUCAGUUAUUAACUUAAGUUUGGGAGGAGGUAAAAGUCUGGCUGUCGAUAGUGCCGUAGAUUCGGCUGUUGAUUCCGGAAUGGUUGUGGUUGUGGCUGCAGGAAAUGACAAUACUGAUGCCUGUACUCAAUCACCCUCUGGUGCCUCGAAAGUAAUUUCAGUUGCCGCUAUAGACGCUGAGACUGAUACCCGUGCAUCUUUCUCAAACUCUGGUAAAUGUGUGGAACUCUUUGCUCCUGGCGUAAACGUUUUGUCGGUUGGCAUUUUGUCAAACACAGACACACAAGUUCUUUCUGGCACUUCUAUGGCAUGUCCACAUGUAGCUGGUCUUGCAGCGUACUUUCUUUCUCUGAGUAACACGACCUUGACACCACAGCAACUACGCGAAAAACUUCUUUCCGUUGCUCAAUCAGGUGUUGUCAAAAAUGUGAAUGGAAGCCCCAAUCUUUUAGCGUUUAAUGAUAAUCCGAAUCCUUAA